AAAAAUGUGCUUUAAUGAAGCGGAAACUAAGUGGUGGGACGUAGUCAGUUAAAUUGUCUUUUGUGAACCGUGAAGUGAUCUUUCCUAGUGCAUUCAGUUACACAUAACAUGUUAGUAGUGCUUCAAUGGACUCCACAAAUCGAAUAUAACAGUUUUCAUGCAUUGUAACACUAAAUGAGAUCAAAGAAUUGAUGAGUAAUUUAUAUUGUUUUCUCUUUUCAAAAUGUGUAUGUAAGUGAUAAGUUGAAAUCAUUCAUUGUGGUUGAAAAUGAACAUUCUGCACAAAGCGACUAGAAGAAAAAAUGUCAAAAUGUCCCAUGUCAGAUAUAGAGUUGAGUUGAAGGGAUUGUCUUCGCAGAUGUUAAAACCGGUGAAGAGACCCGGCAAGGUUCUUUCGCACGGAGCUGGUGGAUUCUUCAAGGAUGAAGAAAUAUCUUCCCAAACUUUGAAAUUACGUUUUCGGUUUUAUAAUCUUGCAAAAAGAAAAAAAACGUUAUAUCAAACUAGAAAUAUGUAUUUUAAGUGUUCUCGCUUACAAAAAAGGUUUUCAAAUAACAGUUUUAAUAGAAACCCUUAUUUCUUUCGUUGUUCGUAA